UAGUGUGUAUGGGUAGGGAGGGAGAGAGAGGGAGAUAUUGAGUGUGUGAGCUAGAGAGAUUGUGAGGAGAGGGAGGGAAGUGUAAGCCAGUCACAGCAUCUCUUCGUACUGCACCAGGGCUAAGGGACUCGUCCCAUUGUUUCCCUCGCUACAAAAUUAGCACAGUUCCAUCUGUGCAGUCAUCUUUUUUUUUUUUUUUUUCUACUUGCUGCCUUUGACAGAACCUAUCUGAUUUUAUGCCUGCACUAAAGGAUUUACUCAUAAAAAAUUGUGUUGUCCUGUGUCACGGACAUUUUGGACAGGACAGUGGAAUUCUGACCGGGACUCGACUCUGCUUUUUAUUUAUAUUGCCAUAGCGGAUUUCGCUUUGGUUGCGCAGCAAGUGUUUUUUUUCCCCCUUUCUCUGAGCGACAGACAUACUGAGAGAAGAGUUAACGGAGGACUCUGCAGGACCCCAUGCCUCAAUGCCUCCACAUUUAAACAGAAUUUUUAAGCAUUGAAAGGAAUUGAGUCCCCCUCGUGCUUCCUUCAGAAUGCAAGUAAAGUAUAUGAGGUUGAGAAAAGUAGUUUGCUGACUGUGCCCGCAACCUCUCUCCAAGUGUGUGCCACAGGAUUGCCGAGGAGUCCAAGUGAGUGGAGCAGCGCUGAGUUAUUCGGCUGGCUUCUCAUAGCUCCUGGAGAGUCCUUUCUCCUGCCUCCAUUGGAGUCUGACAUUUUAUGCCUUCAUCAGCCAUUACGACUGUUGGAUUUUUUUUCUACUAGAAGUCCAGAACUUUGAUAGCUGUAUUUGCUCUUUUUGACUUUUAUUUAAAAUUACAUUUUUGGAGCACUACUGCUUAUUAUUAUUUUUUUUUAAUUUCAAUCUUUUUUUUUUUUUUAUUAAGUGUUGGUUUCUGCACAUGGAUGCCUUGAAAACACACCCUAACCAUGUGUGUGUUGAGAGGAUUGUGACAUUAUCUCCUGUGGAGAGAUCCCCUUGUUUUUUUUGCCCGUGUCUGUGUUUUGACUCUCACAAUAGUUAGGCCCACAUGGGUUCCAGACACUGACAAGAGGACCACUAAAAUAAGGGAAGCUUACCAUUGAAUUAUAAACACAGUAACCCCAGUCCAGCCACAUUGUGGAUUUUACUGAAGAAGAGAUUGAGAAAUGGGUUUCUUUUUUUUUUUUUUUUGCAACAAGACUCCCAAGAGGGAAUUUCCUCUCUGAAAUUAAAUGUAUAAAACCAACCCUGCUGAGUAAAUUUAAUCAUUUAAUUCAUUAAGCUUUUCAUCAGGCUUUUCCCCUGGCAAACUCUUUCAUCUGGGUUUUGUUGAAACAGCUUAUUCCCUCGGCUAUUGGUGGCAAACCUUUUGAAACUGGAAGAUAAAGACCACAGAGCUGCCAAGCUAAGCAGCAUGGAACCUCACCUUUAGGAUGGAUGCUCAUUUCAUCUAUGAAUCGACUCUGCUUCAGUUUUAUCGAAGGAAUAUGUUUUCCAAACCAUGCUGUGCAAGUGGAAAGGAAGCGCCUCAUUCAAAGGCAGAUGGCAGAUUGACGAUUUUACUCCUGUCAAUGUUCCCUUGAUUGAAACUCAUCAACGUGAAAGAGAGGUGUUAAGUUGUGUUGGGUGAAGCUGGCUACAGUGGCCCCAGAGAGGAGCAGACCAUUUGAACUUCCAUGCGUUUGCCUCAUUCAAGUUAUACCACCUUGGAUAAAACCUAGAACAAUGAAUUUGUCUGAUGCAACGGCAGACCCAGUGCUUGCAGGAAAUGGCAGCCUUGGCAAUGUUUUUUCUGGUGCCACGAACCACUCCUGUCCCUUAGGAUGGGGGCUGAAAGGAAGCCUAGAAGCUUGCAUCCUGGAGACUGCUGUCGUCGUACUUUUGACUGUGCUCAUUAUUGCUGGUAACUUGACAGUAAUCUUUGUGUUCCACUGUGCCCCGCUACUGCAUCACUACACCACCAGCUACUUCAUCCAGACUAUGGCCUAUGCUGACCUUCUGGUGGGUCUCAGCUGCCUGGUACCCACCUUGUCUUUGCUCCACUACCCAGCAAGUGUCCAGGAGCCCAUCACAUGUCAGGUGUUCAGCUAUGUCAUCUCAGUCCUCAAAAGUGUUUCAAUGGCUUGUUUGGCCUGUAUCAGUGUGGACCGCUAUCUGGCUAUAACUAAACCACUAUCCUAUAACCAACUGGUAACACCAUGCCGGCUACGGGGCUGCAUCACCCUCAUAUGGGUUUACUCCAGCCUUGUCUUUCUGCCCUCUUUCUUUGGAUGGGGCAAGCCAGGCUAUCAUGGGGAUAUUUUUGAGUGGUGUGCACAUUCGUGGCCCACUUCUGCCCUAUUUACAGGCUUUGUGGUGUGCUUACUCUAUGCUCCCGCUGCCCUUGUGGUCUGUUUUACCUACUAUCACAUAUUCCGCAUUUGCCAGCAGCACAACAGGGAGAUCAGUGAACGACGGGCGCGUUUUCCUAGCCAAGAGAUGGAAACUGUUGAAGGAGGGGCUGAUGGGCAGCAGGGAGGACAUGGACCAGAUCGGCGUUACGCGAUGGUGCUCUUCCGCAUCACCAGUGUUUUUUAUAUGCUCUGGCUGCCCUACAUCAUCUACUUUGUGUUAGAGAGCUCCCAUGUCCUGGAUAGCCCUGCUCUCUCCUUCAUUACCACUUGGCUAGCAAUCAGCAACAGUUUUUGCAACUGUGUCAUCUACAGCUUGUCCAAUAGUGUCUUCCGCUUAGGCAUGCGUCGGCUCUCACAGACAAUUUGCUCAUUCAGCCACUGUGCCGCUGAUGACCGGGACUUUGGGAAGCCAAAACCAAGAAAAAGGGCAAACUCAUGCUCUAUCUGAAUACAUGCGUUUUAACUUAUUAAGACAGACUGCUGUGUGAUGACACCUGUGUUAUACCCAUGGCCACGGUCCACAAUGAUUGAAAUUUUGAGAAAACAUUAUUUAUUUGUUUGAAAAUGUUGUUUUAAUCAUAGUGUGUUUAAUCAUUAAUGUGUUAGAACUACAAUACAGUGGUGCCAUGGUUCCAAUGCCCAAUUGAAAAAAAUACACUAAUGCCAGAAUACAUUUUUUUUGAGGGAGUUGUAUGAAAAAGCUAAUUUGACAAAAUCUCUGCUCAAAAACAUGUUUCAAGGUCAAUUGCUAUUGAUUAAACAUGGUUGACAUGCAUGAUGCAGUUUGCAAAUGUGAAAAAGGCUUUCUGCUGAGACUGUUAAUAUACAGUAAUAUGGGUAAUUGAAAAUGAUUACUUGUUCUACUGCAAUCCUCUAUUACUGCACUUUUGAGGACUGUUAAAACUUUUUCAGUAAACUACUAUUGAAAUUCUUAAUUUGUUUUCUCUGUGGGAAAAAAUAAGCUUGGCUGUAAAAUGUUAUUUUAAAAUUAUUUUGGUAUAUUUAUUGUCCCUUUGUCUGGUAUUGAAUUAUUGAAACAUCAAAUACGUUUUUUUAAUAUUUCAUUAGGGUUAUAUAUAACUGCCUAUUACCCUUUAAUAACAUGUUUACUCUUUACUCUUUUGAAGCUCAAUGUUUUUCUACAACUAACUUAAAGACAUUAGCAAAAAUGUUUCACUUCUUGGGUUUUUGAGGAGACUAUCACACAAAGAUUUACUGGAAAAAAAAGAUUUUUGAUAGCAUGCUACUCUCUGUAAAUGAUAUACAUAUCUUAAAAAACAUUUAAAAAUGCUGUUUUGGUAAUUUGAUGAAUGACAUCAUGUUGUUUUGUUGAAUUUUGGUUUAUUGUCACUACUACGUUUGACAACACAGCAUAGAAGUUUGUAUCAGUUUUGAAAAAUGUGGUCAUGUCAGCAUUUGAACAGUGUAGUAAUUGUCCCUUAGAGACAAACCAUAUGGUACAGCAAUAUUUUAAAAUCAUCCACCACCUUGCUUUGCACAUCCUUAGCAUUGGUAUUGUUAGCACCACCAGCUGGUUGUUGCCAAGUAGUGAAAUCCAUGCAGGCCUUUGUUACAGCCGUAACUAGUUGCUGUGUUUUUUUUAAAUCCAAACUAAUUGGAGUUCCCUGACUCCUACCUUGUAGGUUUCACCACCUAAGACUAACUACUCUUCAAGUAAACUUUAGUGCAAUUCGUCAUCAAAUGACGAAAGGAAGAGUUUGUGCAAGAAAAUACAUACUUUUUCAUAAUUUUGCUACUGUUGUUUUUGUUAUUCAAAAGAGCACACAUAGAGAACAGUUUAAACGUAAAGUUAUUUCAUGGUAAAACGCUCUCUAUGUUGGUUUACCUGGGUUGGUUAUUUGGUUAAGGUGUUUUGCAUAAAUCAGUCAGGUAAAAUGUCUUGCUAUUAUAUAGUGACUUUGAGUUUCCUCUGAAACUUUUAUUUAUUUAUUUUUUUAAGUCUGGUGAAGGGUGACCGGAUCAUGCCGGAUAAAUACACACCGAUGUCUCCACUAAGCUUUACUCUCUGUUAAAAACUAUGACAAUAUUGGCAACAGAUUGGUUAUCCAUAGUUAUUUAGAUGAUCCUUUCAGGCCAACAUUUCAUCAGUGAAAAUCUUGUCAAGGUUUUUUUUUUUUUUCUGGUAAUUUCUUUUGAUCAAAAUGGGUUAAACUGUCUGACGUCAACAUUGUAUCUGUAAGAUAAUGACGGUAGUCUAGGUUCUGUGAAUUCCCUUCAACACUAUAUCCAAAAAUGUGGCUUGUAUAAGAAAUAACAAUAGGUUAACACGGAAUAGCUGUGUCAAAAGCUAGAGAUCUGUUCUAUUGAUAGAAUGCUCUGUUAACAAGAGUUAGUACUGUGGAGUAGAUGCAAUUUAUGGGGCCUGACUUUGUGUAACGAUAUGGUAAAAAAUACAACAGUAGUCCUAAAAUUGAUAGCAUGGUUGUUACCAUGUAAUGUGCAUUUUUUAACGUGAUUGUCCAAGUGAAUUUUACAGUAUUUGGUCACAAAUUGCAGAAUUUAUUAUUUUUUUGGCGUGCUUUUUAAACAAUCAUGUAAAUUUGUAAGUUGGCUUCCUGUUUUAAACCUCCGAGGGCCAUCACCUGCAUAAAGUACAGUUAUUUAAAUCGGUGUCUGUAUUCCAAAAACCUAACUGAAGUGGUAGGAUUAUACUGACUUGUUAAAACAAAAUGUUUUAAUUUCAAGUGCAGUAUAAAAAUGGAUGAAUUUAAUGAAAUGACUGUAUGUGUAAGACUUUACACAAUAUGCUGUAUUGUGGGUGUGUUUCAAACAUGUUGUACAAAAAAGUAUAAUGUACCUAUUGUGUUAAAUUAAUCUGUUUCUGAUGUUUUGACUAUAGAGGGCCGUGUAUUGAUAGCACAAUAUCUAUUUUUUUAUUUUCUGAAAUUUUGACAACGAUUUUGUUGUUGCCAACCAAAUAAAGGUGACAAUAACAAGAACUUCACAUGUGAUAUUUCUCGGCUCAGAUUCAUAUUUGUUAAGAUAAAUGUACGUAAGUAUGUAGAUAUAGUGUCAGUGUAUUACUCAAGUAUAUGUACAGUUUUAGAGAUGCUGUACCACAGAUGCAUAUUUAAAAGGAAUUUUUGUUUUGUUGGAGUACCUUUUUGUCAUUUUAUUCAUCUUUUUGUGACUGUAAGAAUUAAAGGCCUGAUUUACUAAGAUCCAAAAACCAUGUGCUAAACAGCAUGUGCAGUCUAUAAAAUUGCAUGCACUAUUAGUGGGCAUGUUUCGUG